CCUGUGCGCCCGGGCCGUCUCCUCCGGUUACAAACCCAGCGAGCGGGCUCCUCGACUCGACACGCCUCUCACCGCAUCGGGUGUCUCUUCUUUGCCGCGUGCUUUUGCCCUCUGGUCUCAGCUCGGCUCCAAAUGGACCCCAACUGCUCCUGCCCCACUAGCGGCUCCUGCAGCUGCGCUGGCUCCUGCACCUGCAAGGCCUGCAGAUGCCCCUCCUGCAAGAAGAGCUGCUGCUCCUGCUGCCCCAUGGGCUGUGCCAAGUGUGCCCAGGGCUGCAUCUGCAAAGGGGCCUCGGACAAGUGCAGCUGCUGUGCCUGAUGUCGCGGAGACCGUGCCCCAGGUGUCCACAGAGCAACCAGGACAAACUUGCAUUUGACAAUUGUUUCUCACUACCUUAAUGCGAUACAACAUUCCUUUUUCUAUAAAAUAUGUGAAUUGUAAUAAAUCUUGUUGACUCUA